AUGGCUGAUUCGCUCGACUACGUGCGCAUCUGCGAGAGCUGCCCGCCCAGCGACGGCUGGGGCCCCGCCGUCACCACCGAGACGACCCUCGACGGCGUGCCCUACGCCCCCUUCUCCAAGGGCGACAAGCUCGGCCGCAUGGCCGACUGGACCACCGAGGGCAAGGACAACCCGCGCGGCGGACGCCAGCAGUACAACCGCAACUACAGAGACCAGCAAGUGUACGGCGCAGGCCACGCAAUCACCUUCAACGCCCCUGCCGCCGAGGACGAAUCCUCCUUUUCGAUUGUCAGCAACGCCCGCGACAGCACAAAGACCCGCUUCGGUCGCGGCGCCGUCUUCACCCGCGGCCGAGGCCAGCGCGGCGGUCGCGGUGAUACCCGUGGCGGCCGUGGCACAGCCCAGCGUGGAGGAGGCGGUGGUCGUGGCGGUCACGGCUAUGACCGCGGUGGCCGCGGUGGCGGCCGUGGUGGCGGCGGCCGCCGCUUCGGCUGGAAGGACUGGGACAAGCCGACGCGCAACCGCGACGCCAGCAUCAACAUCCGCGCCGACUGGGAGCUGCUGGAGGAGAUUGACUUUAACCGCCUGGGCAAGCUGAACCUGGACGCGGACGAGGGCGAGGACCUUGACGACUACGGCUUCCUGUACUACUAUGACCGCUCGUUUGACAAGCCCCAGAUCAAGGGCAACGAGCGCAAGCUGACGGCCGUGGACCGCGCCGCGUACAACGUCACCACGUCGAGCGACCCGGUCAUCCAGGAGCUCGCCGACAAGGACGAGGCGACCAUCUUCGCGACGGACAGCAUCCUGUCCAUGCUCAUGUGCUCGACGCGCUCCGUCUACCCGUGGGACAUUGUCAUUGUGCGCCAGGGCAACAAGAUCUUCCUCGACAAGCGCGACAACGCGACGCUCGACAUGGUGACGGUCAACGAGAACGCCGUGGACGCGCCCCUGGAUGCCGCCGACGGCAACAAGGACGCCAUCAACCAACCCGCGGCGCUCGCCGAGGAGGCCACGUACAUCAACCACAACUUCCCUAACCAGGUCGUGUCCGAGUCCGAGUCGACGCGCGUGCAAAUGGCGCACGCCAACCCCUUUUACAACGCCUCCGAGGACACGGACCCGCCCGCCUCCAAGGCGUACAAGUACCGCCGCUUCGACCUGUCGACCAACGACGAGGAGCCCGUGUACCUGGUGGUCCGCACCGAGGUGGACGCCGUGCAGAAGAACGCCAUUAGCGGCGACGACCAGCUCGUCACCAUCAAGGCGCUCAACGAGUUCGACUCCAAGGCGCCCGGUAGUGGCGGCGCGCUCGACUGGCGGAGCAAGCUCGUCACGCAGCGCGGCGCCGUCGUCGCCACCGAGAUGAAGAACAACUCGUGCAAGCUGGCCCGCUGGACCGUCCAGAGCAUCCUGGCCAACUCGGAUGUCAUGAAGCUCGGCUUCGUCUCCCGCGCCAGCCCGCGCUCCAACGACAGGCAUGUUAUUCUUGGCGUCAUUGGCUGGAAGCCUCGCGACUUUGCCAACCAGAUGAACCUGUCGCUGUCCAACGGCUGGGGUAUUGUCCGCACCAUCGCCGACAUGUGCCUCAAGCGCGACGAGGGCAAGUUUGUGCUCGUCAAGGACCCCAACAAGAGCAUCCUGCGUCUGUACGAGGUCGGCGCCAGCCUGGACGAGGAGGAUGAGGAGGAUGAGGAGGAGCAGCAGGCCGAGGAGGCUGAGGAUGAAUAA